UAAGAACCACUUUUGUUCAAAGUAUCCAAAUUUCCAAGAAUUACAAAAUUAGGACAUUUAAUCCACAUUUUGAACAACCUAAAGGAAGAUGGCAUGCAGGAAGCCCCAUCAUGAGAAAGAGUGAUCAAAACAAUUUCUAGGGAGAACUCAAUAUCUUCAGCUGGAGCAGUGAUGAAGAAAAGGACAAAUUUUGUGAAGAAUUAAUGGAAGAGAGUAAGAUAGAGAUGGAUCGGGUCCCCCUGGUUGAGUUUUUCAUCCAGUCUGCUGAACGCCUCCAAGUUUCCCCCAUUGUUAAGUAUUCUGCGUUCUCCUUCUUAGCCGAUCGCUUCGUUCCCUCUCUUCCAACCUUCAUACAAGCUGAUGGAACUUCCUCUUCAAGUUGGCUAUUGCGACCUGUCACCCAGAGCACCUUGCAGCUGUUUGCGCUUAUUUCUCUGUGGAUUUCUACCAAAAUACACAAUUCUCGACCACUCUCCAUUGCAUGUUUCAAGUCCUUGGCUGACACUUCCAUCAAGGAGCAGCACUUCACUACUCGUAAUUUCCUUGAAGCAGAGGUCCUCUUCAUGCAGGUUUUGAAUUUUGAGAUUGGUACAGCAAAUAUUGCUUUCUUCUUCCUUGAAGAUCUUUGGGUUCAGUUCAGGGGAGUGGCCAAAGUUGGCGAAUUGAUUAGCAUUGAAGUUUGCAUGGAUAUUAUGGAUCUUCUAUAUGAAAAAGAGGAUAUGUCGGUUCAUUUUAGGUCCCCUAAGUCCCUUGCUGCGUCAAUCUUGGUUACGUCAUACGUAAUCACGGUCCCUAAACAGAAAUGGGAGUUUCCUGUUCUUGCAUGGGUAAAUUUUGUGACCUCAUGUAAGGAAGCUGAUAUCACAAGAUUGGUGACCAAGAUUCUCAAGCAUGUUCUCCGUCCUUCCUGAGAUAUGAUCAGUAGGUGGCGGCAAAAGAAAUUAGUCAUUCAGGAUCGCAGAAGAGUUUGAGGAUAUAUAUAUAUAUAUAUAUAUGUAGCCAUAUCAAAGAAGAACAUUCAAAAUUAAAAAAUUGAAGAGAUAGUACUCUUCCAUUUACCAGUUAGUAAUGGAAGACAUUGUGCUACAUGUGACC